UUGGAGGGAUAACGCUCGGCCGCUGCGCUGUGAGAAAAAACACACGGCUCGUACAGUUGCGUGUGAAAAUCGCCGCUGACGAGGAGCCGGGAGGGACUGCGUUGCGACUGGGGCGCAAAUGGCCACAAUAUUUUUGACAAGAAGACGCUGCCUGUGAGAGACAACCUGUGUACCAAAUGCGUCCCAGAAAUUAGGACGCGCAUUUGCCAUAAAUUAGACAUUAUUCGCACAACGGAAGUUUCUGUGGCCGAUUUGGGGGGAUUUUGAUUCAUAAGCUGCAGUCAUGGACGAGGACAAUCAAGUACCUGAAGACCUGUCUUUGGAGGAGAGAGAUGAGCUGUCCAACAUACGACGCAGGAAAAAAGAGCUUCUGGAUGAUAUUGAACGGUUGAAGUUUGAAAUUGCGGAGGUGAUGACGGAGAUCGAGCAGCUAACCUGCGUGGGCGAGAGCAAAACAACGCAAAGAAACAAACAGAUUGCCAUGGGGAGGAAGAAGUUCAACAUGGACCCCAAAAAGGGGAUCCAGUUUCUGUUAGAGAACGAUCUUCUCCAGCACACUCCCGAGGACAUCGCACAGUUCCUGUACAAAGGCGAGGGCCUCAACAAAACAGUCAUUGGGGACUACUUAGGGGAACGGGAUGACUUUAACAUCAAAGUCCUCCAGGCGUUUGUGGAGCUUCACGAGUUUGCAGACCUCAACCUUGUUCAAGCCUUAAGGCAGUUUCUGUGGAGCUUCAGACUUCCUGGCGAAGCUCAGAAGAUUGAUCGCAUGAUGGAGGCCUUUGCCUCCAGGUACUGCCAAUGCAAUCCCGGCGUCUUCCAGUCCACAGACACCUGCUACGUGCUGUCGUUUGCCAUCAUCAUGCUGAACACCAGCUUGCACAAUCCGAACGUCAGAGACAAGCCCCCCGUGGAGCGCUUCAUCUCCAUGAACAGAGGGAUCAACGAGGGGGGAGACCUCCCAGAGGAGCUACUCAGGAAUCUAUAUGAGAGCAUAAAGAGCGAACCGUUUAAGAUCCCAGAGGAUGAUGGGAAUGACCUGACGCACACGUUCUUCAACCCAGACAGAGAGGGCUGGCUGCUCAAAUUAGGGGGCCGAGUGAAAACCUGGAAGAGGAGGUGGUUCAUCCUGACUGACAACUGCCUCUACUACUUUGAAUACACGACGGACAAGGAGCCUCGUGGGAUCAUCCCACUGGAGAAUCUCAGCAUCAGGGAGGUGGAGGAGCCCAGGAAACCAAACUGUUUUGAGCUCUACAACCCCAACCACAAGGGCCAGGUGAUCAAAGCCUGCAAGACGGAGGCGGAUGGACGUGUUGUCGAGGGCAACCACGUGGUGUACAGGAUAUCAGCGCCCACACCGGAGGAGAAGGAGGAGUGGAUCAAAUCCAUCAAGGCCAGCAUUAGCAGAGACCCCUUCUAUGACAUGUUGGCCACCAGGAAGAGACGCAUCGCCAACAAGAAGUGAGGAGGGACAGUCUUCCCCGAACACAACCUCCAACCUCUCCAUCUUUCUCCCUGUCCUGCCCCAGUUCACGUACACAUAACAUAAACCACGCACACACAUACACACACAACUCUGGUCAUGCAAAGCUGGAUUCGCCGCAGAAAUGACUGUCAGCCUCGGCGAUGAUGUACUCCUCCGGUGCAGACUCCGACCUUGAAGACAAACCUCAAUCUCUCCCCUGGACUGUCUCCAAGUUGUGGACACGUGGAGUCGGGGAGACAUGACACACUACUGAGGGGAAAGCAAAGCUCCAGGACUCACAUAUCAGUGGAGCCAAUGCUAACACACAGCAGAUCAGCAUAUACCAACAGCCCUUUACAAGACCAGCAAGCCAGUGUGUGUGCUGAUAUGAAAUAGGUCGUCUCAUGUUUGCUCCCCUCUCUUCCAUCUCAUGCGAACCCCCCCCACCCCCCCCACCCUCCAUCCCCACCUCGCCCUCCGUCAUUCACAUCAUGUGUUUAUAGGUCUCCCUAAAGCACAACUGCCAUUUUUCAGGUGCACAUGCAUGCAUGUGAGGUAUUAUAGACCAAUAUGUUUGAGUUAUGUUUGUAAAUGUGCGUAUGCAUGUAUGCAGCAGUGUGCAUAUUAUCAGUGCAUACAGCAUUUACAGUAUGGGUGUGUAAGUGAUAUAAGCAUUCCCUCCGCUGUGCUUUUUGAAAAGAUUACGUUGCAAUUUAAAAUAAGAGUUCAGAUAUAUGUUUGUAAUCAUUUACGCUAAGGCCAGACUGUCCCUGAUGGAUAGAGAUGUGUGUGUGGAGGAGUGGAAAGAGUGUGAGAGAGGGACAGAGGGGAGAGAAGGUUGGCAGGUGGUGGAGAAGUUUAGACUGUACCUCUGCAGGAUAACCUCACCUGGACCGUGUCGUCAUCUCACUCUGGUGCUGAAGUCUUCUCCCCAGGUGCCAUUGCAAAAACUCGUUCUCAGAUAAACCUCAGAAACCAGUGCUGGGUUAGAUUUAGGUUCCAAAACAAAACAUUACAGUCUUAAGUCAGCUGGGCUGAUUUCAUUUAUUUGUGUGGAGCACAGAAGUUUGAGAUGUGCAUACUUUUAUUUUGGUUAGUUGAUUAGUAAAGGGGGUUUUGCCUAGGCCUAGGAUGAAACUUGCUUUUGGACUCUAACAGGUUAAAGAGUAGGUUUUAUUUAGGUCUAUGCAAUGAUCCAAUAGGGUACCAGUCAGAUUAAGCUUUUUUUUUUUUUUUUUUUUCAAGUCUCUCAAGGUCCAAACAUGUUGGCCUGUAUCAGUGAAGGUCGAUGUAUUGAUGUGAUUCUGUAUGCAUUUGGUUUGUAAUCCUGAAGAUCCUUGCUUGCUUUUUGUGUUUCUCUUAAAAAACAAACAAAAAAAAAACAUGUAACCAACUAUCUUUUUGUAUUUAUUUUCGUUUGUGAAAUGGUUUAAUGCUAUACGUAAAUGUUAAACAAUAUAUGCUUAAGUUAUGUAUGUAUAUAUAAUGUAUAGGUUUUUGGUCUCUUUUUGUUGUCGUAUGCACACUCUGUGUAACAUGUUUGAGCCUACUGGCAGAACUUUGCAUCAGUUGAAGUUUGGGGUCUUCUUUGCAAAAGCCUUAAACAUAAUCAAACAAAAAUAUAUGAGGAUGAUGAUGAUGAUGAUGAAUAUAGUGGUUUUGUAGGGGACAAUAACUGUGAUGAUGAUUUUAAAAAAGCCAUGACUGAUGAUGAUUACAGUAAAGAUUGUUCUGAUGUAAUAUUGAUGAUGAAGAUAGUACAGUAAUAGCAGUGAUGAUGAUGGUAAUAUCAGUAAUGAUGUCAACAAACUAUUUAGUCAAACCAGUAGUUUUCUAUGUGAUUGUAAAAUAAAAUGAAAGCCCUGUGAUUGGGGCAGAAUAUUAUCUUCUAUUGCCCGGUGUGGGCUAUAGCUACAUUAACUUUUAUAUUCUCUGUAAAAGCUAUUGGUCACGUUGUACAUUACGUGUAUCUACAUAAAGUAUACAUAAAGCUUACA